UUUAGUAAUGCGUGGAAUAGCUUAGCUACAAAUCCUUUGAGCUUCUUUCUGACAGUGACUUUAACAUUUGUAGCACUGUAUAUUGUUAUCAGAAUUAUGAUAUCAAUAAGAAAAAGUAUUUGAUGUCUUAAAAAUCAUACGAUUAUUGUUAUUUAUUAGUUCUUUUUGUUAAUUAUGAAUGAUCGCAUUACUGUUCAGCUAUGGGUAAUCAAAUUUUGCCUAAAAGUAAUCUACCCAAAGUACAAUUAUUACACAUUCCUCGUGUUUUUGGCAGUUAAGUUUAGGCUCUCUUAUCAAAGAAAAGUCUUAGCUAAAAAAGACAUAGAUAUGUUUAAGUUGAAGACCAUUCCUACACACGUUCGGUGGCACCUUUGUAAGGAAUAUGCAGUAGAGAAUUUACCCGUGUUGCAACAUAAAUGUGUGUUUAUAUCAAAGGAAGUUUUUUUACAAUUAAGUGCUGAUAAUCUGUUCUAUAUUGACAAUGGUGUCCUAUGGCUUGCACUGAAGUUAACUCCCGAUAUAAAAUCGAAAUACAAAACUACGCAAAACAAUAUUGACAGAGACAAUGUAUUGAUUAAAUACAAUUUGAACUUCUUAACUUCUGAAUUGCACAAGAAGUUAUGGAUGGAUAAUAGAUCAGGCAGCCUUGACUAUAUAAGAAUAGUUCCUGUUGUGGGUUCAACAUUAGUACAAAAAGAUAUUGCCUUGACUUCAGAAAAUGAAAUGUAUAAUAUUCUAUCUUCAUUUGAACUACUACACUGUAGGGACAUUAGCAUUUCAUUUCAUACUAUACCUUCAUUGGAGCUUGCACCUAGUAUUGCAGAGACUGCUGAAGUCAGUCUUGUUGUAAAUGAAUAUGAUCUGUCCAACGACUUUGUCAAAGAAGUUUUGAGUAAUCAUUUUGAACUACCUAAAUUAGUGAGUUUAAAUGACAUAUUCAGCAUUGAGCUUACACCGGACGUCACAUCAAAAUAUCACUACAAGUACCUUGACCUGGUACAAGCUGUGGGGAAACUUUACUUCAAAUGUAAUAAAAUUGAUAGCAGGAAGAAUAUAGAAGUUAAAUAUAAUUCAAAAGUGAUUCAGUCAUUUUUCAUUGUUAAGGGAGUUACACAUCUAAUUUUGGGUGAAAACAUUCAUGCUAUAAAAUCAAAAGAUGAGUUCUUCAAAUCCCAGGCAACUGAUAACAUUAACCUGCAAAUGUUGCAGUUAUGCCCUACUGGAUUAAGGCAAAAGUUUGAACAAAUUCAAGAUGCCAUUAGUCCAUUUGUAACAGGGGAGAUAAGUGACCUGUCUGCUUCUUUGCCUAGUCCUAUUUUGCCAAUGCUGCUAUUGUCAGGGCCUGCUGGGUCAGGCAGACAUCAACUUGUUAAAGCAUUAGCCCAAUAUAAUGGUUUGAACUGCUUAUCAAUUGACUGCAACGGCUUGCAGAGCUCCACAGCCAAGCAGACGGAGAGCAAGAUCAACUCCACUGUACAGAAAGCAAAGGCAGCUGCUCCGUGCAUAGUGCUCUUAGAUAAUUUUGAGGUGUUUGCAGUAGACCCGGAAAACAAUGAAGACUGCAGAGUGAUGGAAUAUUUUAUGAACACAAUAAUAGACUUAUACCAAAACUAUACUAAGCACCCCAUCAUUUUUAUAGCCGUCACAGACAAAGUGGAACUAAAACCAAACAUACUUAGAAUAUUCUUAGAAAAGUUCCAGCUUUCUAGAUUAACUGUCCAGCAAAGAUAUGAGAUGCUUGUAUGGUAUACUUCUGCAAUGCAAUUGAAUAUUGAUGGACACCAAAAUACAAUAGAUGGUAUAAUUAUUGAUGAUGAAGGUGCACUCAGCAACCAUACUAAAGAUAUUUUACAAAGAGUUGCAGCAAAGACUGAAACAUUUUUAUGUGGUGAUAUAGAUACACUUGUACAUUUUGCAAUGCGAGAAUCUUAUUUGAAGCAACAUAAUAGCUACAUACAUUUGCCUUGUGAGGACCCAAAUUUACAUCUACUUCAGGAAGAUGAUUUUAAUUGUGCUUUAGAAUCAAUAAAAGGGCUCCAGAGUCAACAUCUAGAUGCUCCUAAAAUACCAAAAGUCCACUGGGAAGAUAUUGGUGGACUCGAUAAAUUGAAAAAGGAACUUUUGAAAACCAUUGAGUUUCCAAUCAAAUAUCCACAUUUAUUUAAGAACUCUAGUCUCAAACGUUCAGGUAUUUUACUAUAUGGGCCCCCGGGUUGCGGCAAAACGCUGGUCGCCAAGGCGGUGAGCACGGAACUCAAUGUUAGUUUUCUCAGCGUGAAAGGGCCAGAGCUACUAAACAUGUAUAUUGGCCAGUCUGAAGAGAAUGUUAGAAAAGUAUUCGAAUCGGCACGUGCUUCGUCUCCCUGCAUAGUGUUCCUGGACGAGCUGGACGCGCUGGCCCCGCGGCGCGGCGCGGCCGGCGACUCGGGCGGCGCCAGCGACCGCGUCGUCAGCCAGCUGCUCGCCGAGCUGGACGGCGUCACGCAGGCUGACGACGCCGACGCGACGAGCUUUGUGUUCAUAAUGGGCGCUACGAACCGGCCAGACCUCCUAGAGCAGUCGCUGUUGAGACCCGGACGACUUGACAAGCUAGUAUACGUAGGCCCGUACCGCGGCGUUGAGGAAAAGACAAGAGUGCUCAAGGCGCUGUGCCGAAGUUACAAGCUGCGGCCGGAGGUGCGCCUGGCGGACGUGGCGGCGGCGCUGCCCGCGGGCUGCACGGGCGCCGACCUGCUCAGCGUGGUCGGCGCCGCGCGCGCCGCCGCCGUGCGCGGCUUGGUGCGCCAGCUGCACGCAGGUUUAGUGAAGGAAAGCGAACUGAACCCCGACUCAGUGGUCCUGGGAGUGUCGGAGUUGUGGCAAGGCGUUGAGGCGUUUCGGCCCUCGGUCACCGAUGAAGAACUAGAAUACUAUGAGUCCUUACAAUCCCAAAUGUGAUUAUAGACUUUAAACGUUCCUAUAUUUAUGUUAAUAUUGGGUCGAGGGUUACAUGUAUAAAGGUUUAUAUCAUGCUGCUGCAACAAUUAUGUGGAUAAACAGAAAUCAAUCUUGUGGAUCAGAUGCAGCUGAGAAUAGGAAGUAUUACUGCAAUAUUCUGCCGCCAGAGUGCAGCGCUAGCACCUAUUGUAAGACAGAGUAACUUAUACAUACUGUGCCUAAAACUGCUUUUUGACAAGUUUUCACAGAUAAUGAAAUAUGACAUCGAUGAAUCAAGGCGGUUUGUUUGCAAAGGGCCUACCGGGAAAUGCGAAAAACGAAAUUUAGUUAUCUGCCUCAUUAUCGCUCGAAUAUGCAAGUGAUAGAGAGGUUACAUAAUGAAACUUCGAUUUUCUUGUUUCGCGAUUUCAGUCAGUGUAGACGUGCCUCGGCCGAGGCAGCGCGCUCAGGCGAGGAAAACGCGCGGGCUGCCUCGGCCGAGGCACGUCUAUAUUGGCCGUUUUGUGCGCGAGGAAGUUGCCUCGCACAUACGUGCUCGCUCGCUUGCUCUGUGUGGACCCGCCUAUAGACCCUCAGAUUGUGAUGGUUUGUGGUAGUGGUGCCCCGUACGCAGAGUUUCGCGUAAUAUUCGCUAAUAGUUUGACUGGCUGUUGCUAAGAUCUUAAUGUCAAUGUCAUAAAGACUGCCAUUUAAAACUUCUCACUUCAACUGUCGGUUGAUAAGGUAAUCAUAGUAAGGUUCAUUACUAAUUUAGAUUUACACUCUGGAUACUGAAGGAACCUAGAUUUUGCUUGUCGUUAUCAUUUUAUUAAUUAUAUAAGAGUGUGUUGUUAGGAAAAUUUAUAUCAAUACAAUAAUGUUAAAAUUGUGUGUUAAUGAGAUGUGAUAAUAGGAUACAUUAAAAGGAUUUUGUAAAUAAAUAUAAUCGCUUGGGUA